CGCGUAUGUCCUCGACUGCCAUCAUAUCUUCUUCGCCUUUUUACCCACGCUAGCUUCUCUCAUCGACGUCGACAUGCACCUACCGCAAGAGCUCGUCAACGAAAUCAUCUUCCACGUCGAGCAUGCCGAGGAUCUUGGAGUACUCGUAAACCUGCUCGAAGCAUCUGUCCCCGUGUUCUCCCCUCAGAUCUCCACGAAUCUGCGCAGAGGACUCGUCACUCUCAAAAGAAAGGACCACUACCUCGCGCUAUCGGCCAUCGCCAAGCUCUGCCCCGAGAUCAUGCGCUCAGUCCAGAGUGUCAAAAUUGAGCGCUCGAAGCAGAUCCCAACGCGGGAUCCUGAGGAGGAGCUUCUGGCCCCAUUACUCGACGCGUGUAACGCCCUUCGGAGCCUCAGCAUCACGACGAAUAUCAUCGCGUGGUCGAAGGCGAUAGGAUCCGAGGAACAGAGGCAGGCAAUCUAUAGGGCCAUGCAGCGCCCGACGCUGGAAUUUCUCUUCAUGAGCUGGCUGUACCUCCGAGAGGCGGACAUCGACGCAUUCCGCGCGCUGGCUCUGUCUGCCUCCCUUCGCAUAGUGCGGUUCUCUGGAUGCCAGCUGGACGCAAUCCAGGCUUCUGAAGGCACCGAGGUGCAGCAGGGGGAUCCUCGCGAGUCGCCCUUGUUCUUCAUCAGCUUCGAUCAGAGCUCGCUCGAAUUCGUCCGGAUGCUGCGCUUCGCGUCCGGGUCGUACCCGUUUGGCGGCCUGCAGAUCAUCGACUACAGCUCAACCUUCUGGGACGACGAUCGCGACAUGAUGGGCGAGCUGACCCGCGCGAACCCGCGCCUGGACAAGCUGUUUCUCCGUACCGACCUCUCCCAGAUGGCCGAAUACGAUCUAUCGGCCUGCGCAUCCCUGAGCAUGCUGUGCAUAUCCUUCACGAAGCCCAUGAACUUCAACCAGGUGUCCGUCCGCAACAUCGCCGCCAUCGUCAACACGCUCCCCGAGUCCGCACCCCUCGCGACGUUCUCGCUCUCCCUGCCCGCGCAGAGCAGCAAGAUCGACCCGUACGAGCAACAUUGGCGCGCGCUAGAGAACGCGCUUCUGGGGAGACGGUUGCCGGUGCGCGCGGUCAUCAUCCGACUGGCCCGACAUGGCGAGCUCGUUAGUUCGGAGGAGACGGAGGCCAAUUAUCAUAGGAGGAUGGCUCAGUAUAUGCCGAACGUAGAUAAGCGGGGCAUACUCAAGGUCACCUUGGAGUCGUAUUGAUGUUAUGGCCUUCAGAGCCGCCAAGCGUUCAAUGUGAAUAUUGUGCUGGCUCGCGCUUACUGACGACUUGUGAUGCGUAGGUGUUGUCGGUCGAGGUGUACAAUGGCACUUCGAAAUGGAAC